UAUAAGUUAUAAAACGAAGAAAAACUGCAACUCCGGAUUUAUGUCACAUAUUACAGUAGGUAGAUUUAUAAAGGCGGCUCCUCGGGAGUCAUAAACCAAUUUCCCCUUGGGCCUUAGUCAAUUUUACUCUCCUUCCCCUCUCCUUCCUCCCUUUCUUCCUUAUAAAACCCUCUUAUUUCUAUCUUGAUCCUGAUUCCUAUACUCGAAUCUUCAGACCCAAGAAGUCAAUGGAGAUGGAAGUGGUGGUUCCGGUCCCUGCAGUGGACUUCAACUUCGAUAGUACAUGUUCAUCUCCAUACAUGACUGCUCCUUCAAGUCCUCAACGCUUUGGCAAUUUCUUCCUCAGUGCUCCAACCAGUCCUACUUGUGUUUCUUCUUUCCGUCGUGAGCUUAUCGACUUGUCUCAUGUCACCAAUUCUUCAUCUGCAGUCCCCUUCCAAUGGGAGGAAAAGCCUGGUACCCCCAAAAGAACAGGUUUUGAUGGCAGAGUCGACAGAGGACAUAAGAGCAACGAUGAUGAUGGUGAUGGUGACGGUGAUGGGUGUGAAGAUUUCGAGUUCAACUUUAGUGGCCAGUUAGAGAGAACUUCUUUGUCUGCUGAGGAGCUUUUCGAUGGUGGAAAGAUUCGACCUUUGAAACCCCCGCCUGGUUAUGAACAGUUUUCAAGUACCGUUUCUUCUCCAAGAUCUCCAAAAUCAAGAGCUUUUCGGCAUAAAGAUUUUGAUCCAUUUGAAGCAGCGAUCGAGAAGAGUCGUAAAAGCGUAGUACUACUGAAACAACCACCACAACAGAAGCCAGAACAUGAUCAAAAGAAAACACAAUUACAAUCACAACAACGAGGGAGAGAAAGAACUUCUGGUUCUUCUUCCUCAACAUCAUCAUCAAGCUACAACUAUGUUCACAAAAAAAGCAGAUCUUUGUCUCCUUUAAGAGUAUCUGACGUUAUGUUCGAGCAAGAAGAAUGUUCAUCACAAUCCGAAAAAACCAUUGCUGUCACAACAAGCUAUCCUAAAUCUUAUGUUUCUUCAAUCCUGUCAGCUAUUUCGUUUUCAAAAGGUAACAGAAAAUGGAAAUUGAAAGACCUUUUAUUGUUUAGGAGUGCAUCAGAAGGCAGAGCAACAAGCAAAGAUCCCCUUAGAAAAUAUGCUCUCUUGUCUAAGAGAGAGCCAGAGGAUGUUAAAAAUGCAAGCUUCCGGUCCACUGAGAGUGUUGGUUCGGUGUCCAGUUCCAGGAGGAGAGCACCAGUUUCGGCUCACGAGUUGCAUUACACUGCCAACCGGGCUGUCUCAGAGGAGCUGAGGAGGAAGACUUUUUUACCUUACAAGCACGGCCUCCUUGGAUGCUUGGGGUUCAAUCCCGGACUGCACGAGAUUUCCAGGGGUAUUGGGUCUUUGACACGUAGAUGAUCAAGAUUUCCUGAUCUGGUGUCUCUUUUUUUUUAACGUAUAGUUUUCAAAAUCUCUUUCCAAGACGAAAAAAAAUUAUAUAUGAUUAUGAAUCAAAAUCUAUUCGUUGCUUUGUAUAUCGUGUGUUUAUCCAUGAAAUGAAUUCAAACUCAAAAUUGUUCGAAAUUACA